UGACGUCACGCAGUGGCCAAACAGGAAGAGAUCCAAACGGUAAGAAGACAGGGGAGGCAGGUCGCAGCAGUUGUUUGGUCAGUCUGGUGUAAGGCGGAAAGCACAUCUAAGAAUUCAACAUGGAAUUUUUGUUCGGUCGUCGAAAAACUCCAGAGGAGAUGUUAAGACAAAAUCAGCGUGCCCUUACGAAAGCCAUGAGAGAGAUGGACAGAGAGAAGCAGAAACUGGAGCAGCAAGAGAAGAAAAUCAUUGCUGAUAUUAAGAAGAUGGCAAAACAAGGACAAAUGGAUGCCGUUAAGAUUAUGGCAAAGGACUUGGUACGCACUCGCCGUUAUGUGAAGAAGUUUAUUAUGAUGCGAGCGAACAUCCAAGCAGUUUCUCUUAAAAUCCAAACUUUAAAGUCUAAUAAUUCUAUGGCUCAAGCAAUGAAAGGCGUGACUAAAGCCAUGGCUACCAUGAACAGACAGCUAAAAUUGCCUCAGAUCCAGAAAAUAAUGAUGGAGUUUGAGAAGCAAUCAGAAAUUAUGGACAUGAAGGAGGAGAUGAUGAAUGAUGCUAUUGAUGAUGCAAUGGGUGAUGAAGAUGAUGAAGAAGAGAGUGAUGCUGUCGUCUCCCAAGUACUGGAUGAGCUGGGUUUGACACUUACAGAUGAGCUGAGCAAUCUUCCUUCAACAGGAGGAUCCCUCAGUGUGGCUGGAGCCAAAAAAGCAGAUGCUGCUGCUGCCUUGGCGGAUGCAGAUGCAGAUCUGGAAGAAAGGUUGAACAAUCUGCGGCGAGACUAACAUGCUGCAUAUUGCAGAUCAUGGACGCUUACUUUUUUCUUUUUUUUUUCUCCUAAUUUCUUUUCUUUGUUACUAUUGAGGAUUUUAGUUGGUGGCAAGAUAAGGAGUAGCUUCUCUUUCUGAGAGAUGUAAGACACCAAAGCUGAUAUUAAAUUGUUGACCGUAAGUCAAGAUUAAGUUCUGCUGGC